GUCUCGCUGUUAGCUGUCUUCGACUCAUCGUUCCCUUUCAUCGGUUGACUCGUACCGCGGACACAGGCCUCCUUCGCGCGGCAAGGCGCUUCGAGUUCGAGACUCCAGUCGGUUUCCGCGACCGGCGCCUGCAGCCGCCUCCGCCUCCGCCCCGGAAGGCCGGAACAACGCAAUCGCGGUCGCGGCAGCUUCACGAGGCUUCAGCUCGCCAGUGCUCCGGACCUCGCCCUCCCCGGCUCGGCAAUUGUCCCUAAAUCUCAGGAGUAUUUUGCUGGAGUAAUAUUCACCUCACGUUUCCAAUCGCAUGAAAAGAGGAUAGCAUUUGGCAUGGUUUGUAUACAGUAUACGCUCUUCUUUCCACCCACCAACAAGUCUCGCUCGUUCCCCUUCAAAAUGGCGCCCGCUUUUCUGACGACCCUCCACCCUGCGACGACCUCCUUCCGUUUCCCCGCCGGCGCCGGAGGCUGGAGCCGCCCUCACUGGGCCCCACUGGCCGCCCCCACAACGCUUUCCCCGGCGGCCACGCCAGCGGUGCCUCGCCGGCUCCUCCUUCCAGUUCCAGUGGCAGCCGGCAUUUGGGACUUGAUCUCCGGCGGAGCUGGCGGUGCGUCCCUCGCCGUCCGGCGAGGUAUGCAGCUUUUCCGGCAGGGAGAUGUUGCUGGCUCAUUGGCGGAAUUCGACAAGGCGAUCGAGAUGGAUCCACGACAGAAGCAAUGUACGAGCUCUUACCUGCUGCUUUCGUUUCAGAUCUUUGGCAACGGGGCCUCUCACUAUACUACCUACACAGAAUCUUAUCUAUUCAAACAAAGGUUUGAAGAAGGUGCAGAGCAGUUCAGGAUAGACGUUGCAGCUAACCCGAACGACACUGAAGAGUCCAUAUGGUGCUUUCUAUGUGAAGCUCAGCUAUAUGGGAUUGAAGAAGCAAGGAAGCGAUUCUUAGAGGUUGGUCUGGACUCAAGACCUGUAAUGCGUGAAGCAUAUGCACUGUUUAGAGAUGGUGGAGAUCCUGAAAAGUUAGUUGCAAACUUUUCGAGUGGCUCUGAUGGUGAGAUCUUCUAUUCUUCACUAUACACUGGACUAUACUAUGAAUCUCAGAAAGAUGGAGAUAUGGCAAAAUCUCGCAUUGUUGCAGCAUGCAAGUCGCCGUAUGGAUCGAGGUCCGGCGAUUACAUGGCUUCCCUUGCAUUUGUCCACUGCCAGUGUCGCAACUGGAAUCUAGCAUGAAAGUAAUCACCAUGAGUAUUUUUGAUCCCGUGAUAUAGACUAUAAAUAUACUUGCAACCGGAUUCUCCUUUUUGAGCAGCAUCAACAACGAUGUGGAUUUUCAGACAAUGACUGACCUCUAAAAUCUUUUUAGUAUUCGAUGCACAUGGCAUUCUAUUUUUA